GUAAGAUCAGUUCCGUGCUACGGGGUGGUCGGUUACUCCGCGUAAUCAUGCCUGAAAUUAAAGUGUCUGUGCCUCUUGCAAAGUUUGAUAACGACGAAUGGGACGAGUUUUCUGAUUUUCAGUCUUCAAGUGAACCCAACAGAAAUAAAAAUGUAUCCCGAACCGUUGUAUCUACUCCAAAUGAUAAUGACGUUUUGGACAACAUGUCUGAUACCACCGACAACUUGGACGACACAUUUUCGACCUCCUUAGAAGACCUUGUCAACACAUUUGAUGAGAAAAUAACCAAAUGUUUUCACAAUUAUGAAGACGAAGUUGAUAAAUAUGCUCCAGUACAAGUUAGAUCACAGGAAGAAAUUAUGAAUGACUGCCAGAUGUGGUGGACGAUCACAGGAAAUUUUGGCAACUUAUUACCUAUUGACUGGAGCAAGAGUCACACACGCCAGAAGUUUCUGCCUGUUCUCAACCUCAACUCGAACUUGGAUGGCACUUCGCCUGUGAGCACUGGCGCGACGCCCCUGGUAGGAGGUGACGAAGAGGAGGCCGUAGCGCAGGACCUGGACCUGCACACUCUCAUCCUGGAGUCCGGGGAUGGCACCACGCCCGGCGACCCGCCCCUCAAGACCGCCGACGAGGUCAUCAGGGAGAUCGACGACAUCAUGCAGGAGGGCAGCUCGAGUGAGGACGAGGGCUGCACGAGCAGCACGCACAGCAGCGUCGGGUCAGAGGCCGGCAGGUCGUCACUGCGGCCGCUGCCAUCGCCGCUGUACCAUGACAAGCUCAGCAGUCUCACGGUGUCUCAACUCAACGAGUGUCUCAUGGAACUCGAGACCGUCAUCAGCCAGUACUCUGAGACACUCAUCUCGCAGCUCGCACUCAGGGAUGAACUCGAGUUCCAGAAGGAGCUCAAGAACUCCUUCAUCUCCCUGCUCCUUCAAGUACAGAAUAAAAGACGGAACUUCAACGUCGAUAAAAAGAAUGUUAAAAAGUCCACCAAUCAUGGCGCUGGUCCUAAGUACCUGACAACGGUGAUCCCUUACGACGUGGGCCACGGACCCCCGGACAACCAGAGCCUCCAGAUCCUCAACAAAAUUCUGGCGGCCAUCAACGAGGACAGUCCCACGGUGCCAGCCCUGCUCACCGACUACAUCCUCAAAGUUCUGUGCCCGUCAUAAAGGAAGACCUCACCGCUCUGCGUGCGAGAGCCGCUCUUCGCCGUGCCCCUCGACUUUUAGUCUAGCGCCUAGACGCUUCGAGUCUAGGCUAUAAUCGAGACUAAUAGUCGAGUCUCUAGACUAUUAGUCUCGUAGCGUUUGCUGCAUGUCCCUCUUAAGGUGCGGCUUCAGAGAGCAAUUAUACUUGUGGAUUGACAUUGCGUGGAAGUUUUAACCUACUCGUCUGGCGCCAUAUUUUUCUCCCUGACGACUCUCAAUUUAUGUGAGUGUCAUUUAUUUAGUAUCGUUCUCAAAUGUAUUAUCAUUAUUGUUUGAAUUAGACUAUAAUUUCUCAUGAGUCUUUAUUCUGUUGAUGUGUUAAGCCGUGUCACAUGCUACUUUCCUCUGUAUUAACGAACGGCGUCGAUCUCGACUGUUCCUGGACCAGUAUAUAUAAUUUAGUAGCUCUGAGAGGGCAGAGCUCGUGCAAAUCUUAGUCAAUGUAAUCUAAUUAAUUAUUAUUUAAUAUAAGGUUUAACCUGUACGAUGACCUGCUUACUUCGUAAUUCUCGUCACAAAAGCAAUCUCGGUCACACGUAAAGCGACUCUUGCACCAUCACCUCAACGGCAUAUGAUCUUUAAGACCAGAUAUUUCCGCUCCAGUUCCAUGUUGUGAAGGGAAUUUAUUUAUUUGGUACUAAGCUAUAUUUUAUUUGGAUGCGUCUCAAUUGUUGAGCAUCGGUUACUAUGCAGUCUGUAUCACAGAUUUUUAAUUGUCUUUCGGUUGUAAACUACCUGGCGAGUUCAGGCCUAGGAAUACCGAAGUCCAUACAUAAGUGUUGUCGAUAUUCCAUUCGAUUGCCACUGCCUUUCCUGUGUGUGGAAUCCCCUAGUAUUUUAAGCUAUUAGUAGGGAACUAUUAUUCCAUUCCUAUAAUUUGAAUGCAGUUUUCUUUGGAGCAAUAUAACUUUGAAUGAUUUCGAAGAACAGAUUCAAACGUUUCUCUUUGUCAUAGCUUCGAACGCUACUUCUACCCUAACAUGUCUGGUUACAAAUUACUAUUUACAUUUAAUCUCAUAUUCGAAUAAUUUGAAUAUAAAGCUACCUAAUAUUUGAAAAAAUUCCCUGCGAUUUAUUCUUAUUUAUCAUUCACUUGGCAGCUUGCUGGUAUUAUCUUCAUAUGUUACGCUACAUUGAGAUCGCCUUGAGCGCCACGUAUUCUAGUGUAGUCUUGAUGAACCUAGACGUAAUUAUUGCAAUAGGUAACAUGGGUUCUGCUGAAUAGAGUUAGGCGCUUUUUUCUGGGUAAAAGUGGUUAGUGGGUGCUCAGGUGGUUGAUAAUAACUAGUGUUUAGUUGUAUAAGUAGUUUAAUGGAUCACGUUGGUGCUGGAACCUUAGAACUCGACCGGGGCUUGGAAAGAUUUCCGCAACACGCGGGCGCGAACGGAUUGGCAAAGUUUCUUUGAACUGUCUUGGUUUCCAUGUGUUAUUCAGUGAAUUUUCUUGUUAACUUUGUCAUCACUCAAUUGGGGUUUGAGAGUUUUUAUUAUCGUUAAUUAGGAUCCCAGAAAUAUGUUGUACUAACAGAGAUAACGUUGAUUAUUAUAAUGGUCGAUGAUUGUAUAUCAGGAAUCAUGAGCAUCUUCUUAAGCAUUUAUAUGAUUUCUAAUUUUUUCAAAACUAAAUCAUUAUUUCGUAUUUUGAAUACAUUUCAAUUUAUAUCAAAUUUUCCCUAACUAAUGCAACCGCAGGCAAAAAGUUCGUAAUUCUUCAUGCCUGCCACGAAUCGUGUAAAUUCUCUUAUAUAUUCAUGUACUAUCUUGACUUCCCGAAAUAUUAUUCUGUAUUUGUCAUUCAUUAAAAUUAUCACGAAUAUUACGUAGCUUUCGCUAUCGUAGUUAAAAGGUUUACACUUCUUCAUGCCUGCGUUUUAAAAAUGAUUGAUCUGCAUCUGAUGAUCCUUGAUCCUAAGUCUCACUUCCCACGCAAUAGAAUGACUCGUCUUUGUAAUCAAGACUACGUUCUCAAUAAUUGUCAUCUGAAUAUUGGAAGAAAUAUAAUUUGAUAUUAUGCUCCAUGUCGCCGUUCGAGUUCAUAGCGUUCAUUAGAGUGACUUAAGUAGUGUAAUUGCUGACGCCUGUUCAAACUAUCAUGCUACCGCUGAUGUCGCUUGUCUGCAACUGCUGGAAUUUUUCCCCAAUUUCUGUGCACAUCUUUUACCUUUUUGCGAAUAAGAUGAGAGAUCUUUUUUUAUCUUUUUGGAAAUAUGUUUUUAGACGUUCUCGUUAUAAGUCACGGCUGACGGACGUGUCUCUCGUACACGUUCUUUAGGGAAUAAAUUUUGUCACAAUAUCGCUGUGUCUCCGCAAUGUUUUCUCACAAUUUAUAAAGGAUUUUGAGUCAAUGAUCGAAUUGAUUCACAACAAAAUUCGUUUAUUUGUCAGCUUUCUUCUACAUUUUAUCUUCAUGUUAUGACUUGUCACAAUGAAAUGAGAAGUUGGCAGUCAAAUUUUAAUCGAUUUUCCUUGCGUCUUUCACACGUAAAUUUAAAUUCAAAUCAUUUCUUCCUCUAAUUCUUUUAAUUGAGGACAUUUUAACACCCUUCAUGUUCCGAAAAAUUCUUUUGCAUUUGAGAUAUUUUUCAGCAUCGCUUGUGUUCAAUUGCUCGUACAAUGUCACUCAUGUUAGUGACUAUGGUUGGUACUCCUGCUGAUCUUCGGUUAUUGAUAAAAUUGCUAUGCUCGGACUAGUCAACGAUAAAUGCUUCUUUAAUUUUUAGUAGCAUUUAGAUUUUCUCUGCCGAAGAAUUCGUGUGUUUACUGGUUUAAAACAUUUCAACUACGGCACAAAAAUUCUUUAGAACUCCAGUUUUAGUACCGAAAUUUCGUUUUCGCUUAUUGGUUGUAAUUCUGUUCCAGAUUGUUCCGAUGCUUAAUACUGGCCUCUAUUGUUAGUGAUUAAUUUUGUACACUUUUCGUGUUAUAUUCGUUCGCUCUGGCGCCUGCCUGCAUACAAGGUUUUGAUGCCACUAAACAUUCUUCUGGCACAGUCAUGCAAUAAUGUUAAUUUUGUAUACAACAAUAUAUUUCAGCUUUCAACUCCAGAUAGAAUGCCGCAGAAUUUUUUGUGUCCUCUAUAUUUUUUCUACGCUAUGUUAAUUAAUUUUCACGAAUAUUACAAGUUUCUUGGUCUUCUGUGCUGUUUAAUUCUAACUAAUGUUUCUAGAUGUAUACCUAGUGAAAUUAUGCAUGCCAUUAGCGUUGCUUACAUUUAUUCUGUUAUGAAUUUUGUUUCAACUAGCUUUGUUAUAAAAGAAAUAUUAUCUUUACUUUCAUUAUGAACUGUAUCCUGAUAAUCAUUCAUUUUAUGUUUAAGAAACUAUAUUCGUGUCCAUAAUUUAGUAGAAUUGAGAUUGUUUUGAGACUAUAUUUGCUGUUUAUUGUUGUUUGGUUUUAGCUGUCGUUAAGAUGCAGAUGUCUUAAAAUCGUAAUGCCGAAACAAUUUAUUAAUUUUUUUUCGAUAAUAAUCAAGUAGCUUUCGAAGUUUGUCAUAGUUUGUUCGAUACAAGCUUAGCCGCGAGUAAAGCUUGCAUCGAGAUUUUAUUUUACACUACGUUUGUCUAACGUACUCUCACUCGAUGCCAAUAAAUUCUUUAGAUCCGUUAUUUAUAUCGAGGAAGAACCAUGAGAUCUGUGUCUCAAAUAAGUAUUUUUUAGUAUUUUUUGUUUCUUAAGAGAUUUGAUAUUAAUAUCGUAAUAGUAAAUUAAAAUGGCAUCUUAUUUGUUGCAAGGUUCCGGGAUAUAGGUAAGUAUUUAUCUAAUUUUUAGUUCUGCAAAUUUUUCGUGCUAAAAAUUUUCAGUUGGCCAGUUUCUAUGCAGUUUUCUGAAGCUUGCAAACAAUGCUAUACUUUUCAGUGACGUUUAUUUCUACGGGGAUAGAGCUUCGAGUGACGAUGAUCCCGACACGGCGUUGUCUUGUCUCGCUGAUAUUUGGGUAUGCUGAUCUCAUGAAUCGAUUUGAACUAUGAAUCAUGCAUUUUCGCUAAAAAUUUCCGUGUUAUUAUAUCGAUUGUUUUUUUAAGUUACUUCAUUUCUGAUUAGUUGCUGUGAGUUCAAAUUGCCUUCGAAGUGAGUGCUACCUCGUAUCCUCGCUAUCACAAGUCUGUCGCAGUUCGCUCUACCUCUGAGGAGCGUAAUUUCCCUACGACAGUACGAGGCCCCUACGUCACCCACAGUUCUGUUUAUGGUAAUUUUACUAUUGCUUUUUUACUCCAGCAUUCUGCACCGCUUCUCGUGUAAUCUGUACUCAAUAAAGGAUCACUAACU